AACCACGACUACCAACGGACUUUGGAUGAAGAAGCCACACGCCGCCAAGCACCCGUGGAUCCGCCCGCACUGCACGAGGACACAAAUCCGGAUGAUAUAUAUUUUGCUGGUGUAGCAGCCACGGGCCCAUCCAAAGACAAUCUCCCCAAGACAUUACCAGAAGCUUUUAUCCGCCCGGACGGAGGAUUAUGA